GCCACGAAUGUUGGAAUGGAUGUGAUUUCUUAUCUUCAGUCUCCUCUCUAGGAUUACGCAACCAAAAUGAAAGCUCCACUACUUCCUUCGUUCAAACUCACAACCCCACCAAAUCACAUUCAUUACUUUCGAAUUUCGCUCAUACAUGGAAGCUCUUUUCGUGAACCAGUCUCUCUCUCGCCUUAAAAUACUCUCCCCAAACUUCACGACCUCUUCUUUCGCCACCCAAUCUAUUCGUCUCAGACCGCCCCAAAAGCGCAACCUCACGCCGGUCUCCGUCAUCCAAAACGAAGAGAAACAGUUGCAAGAAGCAACGGAAACGAUUAUUCCGAAACAAGAAUUCAACGAGGACGAGUACUAUGGCGAAGUCAGUAAAAUCAUCGGCAGUAGAGCGCUGGAGGGUGGAACCGGAAUGGAGUACCUGAUAGAGUGGAAAGACGGUCAUGCCCCUUCGUGGGUGCCGUCCGAUUACAUAGCAAAGGACGUCUUGGCUGAGUACGAGACCCCGUGGUGGACCGCAGCCAGAAAAGCCGACGAAAAUGCCCUGAAGCAACUCAUCGAAGCCGAAGACGGCCGUGAUGUAGACGCGGUCGACUCCGACGGCCGCACGGCUCUACUCUUCGUGGCCGGGCUCGGCUCGGAGCCGUGCGUGAAGCUUUUGGCUGAAGCCGGAGCCGGCCUGGACCACCGAGAUAACAGCGGCGGCUUGACGGCGCUGCACAUGGCUGCUGGGUACGCCAGGCCUGGCGUGGCGAAGCUGCUACUGGAAUUCGGUGCGGAUCCUGAGGCGGAGGACGAUAAGCGGCGGACGCCGUUGGAUCUGGCAAGGGAGAUUCUGAAGGUAACGCCGAAAGGGAAUCCGAUGCAUUUUGGGAGAAGGAUAGGGUUAGAGGGAGUGAUUGGAGCGCUGGAAGGGGCAGUAUUCGAGUACGCGGAGGUGCAGGAGAUUAUGGAGAAGAGAGGGAAAGGUGAUAACGUAGAGUAUCUGGUGAGGUGGAAAGAUGGCGAAGUCAACGAAUGGGUCAAAGCCAAAUACGUGGCGGAGGAUCUGGUGAGGGACUACGAGGCUGGGCUAGAGUACGCUGUGGCGGAGGGAGUAAUGGGGAAGAGAGUUGGGGACGAUGGGAAGAACGAGUAUUUGAUUAAAUGGACGGAUAUUGAUGAAGCCACGUGGGAGCCUGAGGAGAAUGUUGAUCCUGAUUUGAUUAAGGAGUUUGAGGAUAGUCAAAGUGGUCAAAAUGGUACAUUCAAUGUCGACUUCCACACCCAGACGAAUAAAGAUGGGCAAUGAUUUUUCUUUUUGUAUGGCUAAUUUUGAUGUAUAUUGAUUAUCAUGAUAACAGAGUCCGUAUUGAUUAAAUAAUUAAUUAAGAUUAGUAGAA